GUUUCUUAUCACACAUUGUAAUUCAGGAGAGUUUAAUACAAAUAUCUGCGGAUGAUAUACACAUAGCAAAUAAUAUAAGCUUUCAGGUACAUACUACAUCUUACACCCGACAAUGGAGAAUAAUGGCGAAGAAAAACCGUUCCCCGUGUUUGACGGGAUGAGUGUACCGCCUUUUCCUCAUUUAAUCGAAGAUGCUGAAAAAAGGUUUAAAGAAAUAAGAAAUUUAGAAUGUAGAAAGGAUGACAUCAUACUGGCUACCUAUCCAAAGUCAGGAACGCACUGGAUAUGGGAAAUCGUCUGCAUGAUCCUCAAAAAGAAAGCCGAAUACAUGAAAGAAACCAAAGAAUUUCAGUUUUUGGAAGCUCUACCGGACAUGAGCAUAGUUAAUAAUCUUGCCUCUCCAAGACCACUGAACACGCAUGUACCUUACAGGUGGUUACCAAAGCAGCAUAUAGAAAAUGGCGGAAAGAUUGUCCAUGUUCUGAGAAAUCCUAAAGAUGUUGCCGUGUCGAUGUAUUAUCAUAUUAAAAGAUUGCAUGGGGGUUCAAUGGACUUCAACACAUUCUAUGAAAAGAUAUUCGUAGGUCCAGUUCAGCAUAUGGGAGGUUGGUUUUCGUACGAAAAAGAAUUUGAAAGAGCAGAAGCGGCGGACAAACAAGGUGCAAUUUUUACAGUGCACUAUGAAAGUAUGAAAAAGAAUCCAACAGAUGAAACCAAAAGACUAGCCAACUUUUUAAAUGUGGAUUUGACUGACGAAGUAAUAGAUGAAAUAGUAGAUAAAUGUAGCUUCAGAAAAUUAAAAGAAGCCACUGAGUCAGUGAAAGACCUUCCAAAAUUUUCAAAUAGAUCUCCUGACAAGAUGAAGCAACUGAUGACGAAAAUGUAUAGAAAAGGAGAGAUUGGAGAUUGGAAAAACCAUUUUACAGUCGCUCUCAAUGAACACUUCGAUGCAGUAUUCAAAGAAGAAAUGAAAGACUCUAAAAUCAAAGUGCAAUUUGAAUAAACUAUAAUUUUCAUUUGAUAUAAUACAUGUAAUCAUAAAAGUAAUCAAAAAUUUUGAAGAUUGUUUCAAUACAAUUUACAAUGUUAGAUUAACAUGGUAAAUAUGAAUACCUGUCAAACCAUAUUGUUUUCCUUCACAGUACUUUGAAAUAAAUAUUUUAGUAGAUAAAA